AUGGCGACGCGGUCGCCGGGCUUCAGGGUCGUCACGUCUGGGCCGGUCGAGAGCACGAUGCCGGCUGCUUCGUGGCCUAGGAUGCAGUCGCCCUCAACGACGAGGGUUCCGAUAGCGCCGGUCUUCCAGAAGUGUACAUCGGAGCUGUUUUUGGGGUGCACUUCACAUGCACAAGAACCUCGCCAGGUCCUGGUGAUAGAAUUGGUGCCUCGACUUGCUUGA